AAAAUUGUGAAGAAAGACGAUUCACCUUCAUCACUCACGUUUGCUUCUCUUCUACUGCUAGAUCUGCAGGCCAUUUCUAUCUUUCUCUCUCUCUAGAACCAAGAUUUUGGUUCUACUACUUUCUUCUUCUUCUUCAAUCGCAUUUUCUUCGCUGAAACUCCGAUCUAGGCACCAUGGCGGCUGCAAAUGCCCCCAUCACAAUGAAGGAGACCCUAACGUUACCCAGUAUUGGGAUAAGUUCCCAAUUCAUUACGUUCACGAAUGUGACUAUGGAAUCCGACAAGUUUAUUUGUGUGCGAGAGACUGCACCUCAGAAUAGUGUGGUUAUUGUCGACAUGAAUAUGCCUAUGCAGCCUUUAAGACGUCCCAUUACCGCCGAUUCUGCAUUGAUGAACCCCAACUCUAGAAUUCUUGCUCUUAAAGCUUUAACUCCGGGAACUACUCAGGAUCAUUUACAAAUAUUCAAUAUUGAAGCAAAAGCAAAGAUAAAAUCACAUCAGAUGCCCGAACAGGUUGUCUUUUGGAAGUGGAUCACUCCGAAGAUGUUGGGCCUGGUUACACAGACCUCAGUUUAUCACUGGUCAAUUGAAGGCGAGUCUGAGCCUGUGAAGAUGUUUGAGCGGACAGCUAAUCUAGCAAGUAAUCAAAUAAUCAACUACCGUUGUGAUCCUACUGAAAAGUGGUUGGUCUUGAUUGGUAUUGCUCAAGGUUCACCUGAGAGGCCACAGCUAGUGAAAGGAAAUAUGCAGCUUUUCUCUGUGGAUCAGCAACGUAGCCAAGCUCUUGAAGCACAUGCUGCAUCAUUUGCCACAUUUAAAGUUGCAGGAAAUGAAAAUCCUUCAAUUCUUAUUUGUUUCGCAUCGAAAAGCUUCAAUGCUGGACAAGUUACAUCAAAGUUGCAUAUUAUUGAACUCGGUGCCCAGCCAGGAAAACCAUCAUUUACUAAGAAGCAAGCAGAUCUAUUUUUUCCUCCUGACUUUGCUGAUGACUUUCCUGUGUCAAUGCAGAUAUCACAAAAGUACGGUUUGAUAUAUGUGAUCACGAAGCUAGGUCUUCUAUUUGUGUAUGACCUAGAGACAGCAACAGCAGUUUAUAGAAACAGAAUCAGUCCAGAUCCCAUCUUUCUGACUGCAGAAGCUUCAUCAGUUGGGGGUUUUUAUGCUGUUAAUAGGCGAGGCCAGGUGCUGCUUGCCACUGUCAAUGAGCAAACAAUUGUAUCUUUUGUCAGUAGUCAGUUAAACAAUUUGGAACUUGCUGUUAAUCUUGCCAAAAGAGGAAACCUUCCUGGCGCAGAAGACCUGGUUGUCCAGCGUUUCCAAGAAUUGUUUGCUCAGACAAAGUACAAGGAGGCUGCAGAACUUGCGGCAGAAUCUCCAAAGGGCAUACUUCGUACUCCAGACACAGUUGCUAAAUUUCAGAGCGUCCCUGUCCAAACUGGGCAAACACCACCAUUACUACAAUACUUUGGAACUUUGUUAACUAAAGGAAAACUAAAUGCUUUCGAAUCCUUGGAGCUAUCUCGCCUAGUUGUAAAUCAAAACAAGAAAAAUCUUUUGGAGAACUGGUUGGCUGAGGACAAGCUUGAAUGUAGUGAAGAGCUUGGAGAUCUUGUCAAGACAGUGGACAAUGACCUUGCUCUAAAGAUAUACAUUAAAGCCAGGGCGACUCCGAAAGUUGUUGCAGCAUUUGCAGAGAGAAGGGAGUUUGACAAGAUUUUAAUAUACUCAAAGCAGGUUGGGUACACACCUGAUUAUUUGUUUCUUCUGCAAACAAUUUUGCGAACAGAUCCGCAGGGAGCGGUUAAUUUUGCACUGAUGAUGUCUCAAAUGGAGGGUGGCUGCCCAGUUGAUUACAACACAAUUACAGAUCUGUUUCUCCAGCGAAAUUUGAUUCGUGAGGCAACUGCCUUUUUGUUGGAUGUGCUGAAGCCCAAUUUACCUGAACAUGCACACCUUCAAACAAAGGUUUUGGAAAUUAAUCUUGUGACGUUCCCAAAUGUUGCUGAUGCUAUUUUGGCAAAUGGAAUGUUCACUCAUUAUGACCGUCCACGUAUUGCACAACUCUGUGAAAAAGCUGGUUUGUAUCUGCGUGCCCUACAGCAUUAUACAGAAUUACCUGAUAUCAAGCGUAUUAUUGUGAAUACACAUGCAAUUGAUCCACAGGCUCUUGUUGAGUUCUUUGGAACUCUUUCCAAAGAAUGGGCUCUUGAGUGCAUGAAGGAUCUUCUGGUAGUAAAUCUUAGAGGCAAUCUUCAGAUUAUUGUCCAGACUGCAAAAGAAUAUGCAGAGCAAUUGGGUGUAGAUGCAUGCAUAAAAUUAUUCGAGCAAUUCAAAUCCUACGAAGGAUUGUACUUUUUCUUGGGCUCGUAUUUGAGUUCCAGUGAGGAUCCUGAGAUCCACUUCAAGUACAUUGAGGCAGCUGCAAAAACUGGACAAAUUAAGGAGGUCGAGCGUGUUACACGCGAAUCAAACUUUUAUGACCCAGAAAAAACAAAGAAUUUUCUAAUGGAAGCGAAGCUUCCAGAUGCACGUCCGCUGAUUAAUGUCUGCGAUCGUUUUGGUUUUGUUCCUGAUCUCACCCAUUACCUAUACACCAGCAACAUGCUUAGGUAUAUUGAAGGUUAUGUCCAAAAGGUCAACCCUGGAAAUGCACCUCUAGUUGUAGGACAGCUCUUAGAUGAUGAAUGUCCUGAGGACUUUAUUAAAGGCCUUAUUUUAUCAGUUCGUUCUCUCCUUCCUGUUGAACCUUUGGUGGAGGAAUGCGAAAAGAGGAAUCGUCUUCGCUUGCUCACUCAAUUCUUGGAGCAUCUUGUGAGUGAGGGAAGCCAAGAUGUACAUGUUCACAAUGCUCUGGGUAAAAUCAUUAUUGACAGCAACAAUAACCCAGAACAUUUUCUCACAACCAAUCCAUAUUAUGAUUCUCGUGUUGUUGGUAAAUAUUGUGAGAAAAGGGAUCCCACUCUUGCUGUUGUUGCUUACCGUAGAGGGCAAUGUGAUGAUGAACUUAUUAAUGUAACCAAUAAAAAUUCCUUGUUCAAACUUCAAGCCAGAUAUGUGGUGGAAAGAAUGGAUGGUGAUCUAUGGGAGAAAGUUCUUACUCCUGAUAAUGAGUAUAGAAGGCAGCUCAUUGAUCAAGUUGUAUCUACAGCUCUGCCUGAGAGCAAGAGUCCUGAGCAAGUUUCAGCAGCUGUUAAAGCCUUUAUGACUGCUGACCUUCCACAUGAGUUGAUUGAACUUCUUGAAAAGAUUGUACUUCAAAACUCUGCUUUUAGUGGGAACUUCAAUCUCCAAAAUCUGUUAAUUCUUACUGCCAUUAAGGCUGAUCCAUCAAGAGUUAUGGAUUACAUCAAUAGGCUAGACAACUUCGAUGGACCAGCAGUUGGAGAGGUGGCUGUUGAAGCCCAACUAUAUGAAGAAGCAGUUGCCAUCUUCAAGAAGUUCAAUUUGAAUGUUCAGGCUGUGAAUGUCCUAUUGGAUAACAUUCAAAGCAUCGAACGAGCUGUAGAGUUUGCAUUCCGUGUUGAAGAAGAUGCUGUUUGGAGUCAGGUAGCCAAGGCUCAACUGCGAGAGGGUCUAGUGAGUGAUGCUAUCGAGUCAUUCAUCCGUGCAGAUGAUGCAACUCAGUUCUUGGAUGUCAUACGUGCUGCUGAGGAUGAAAAUGUGUUCCCUGACUUGGUGCGGUAUCUUCUGAUGGUUAGACAGAAAACCAAAGAGCCAAAGGUUGAUGGCGAACUCAUUUAUGCAUAUGCUAAGAUUGAUCGGUUGGCUGAAAUUGAAGAAUUUAUUCUUAUGCCAAAUGUUGCUAAUCUCCAAAGUGUUGGAGAUCGUUUGUAUGAUGAAGCUUUAUACGAAGCAGCUAAAAUCAUAUAUGCAUUUAUCUCUAACUGGGCUAAGCUGGCUGUCACUCUCGUCAAGCUGCAGCAAUUUCAAAAUGCAGUUGAUGCAGCUCGAAAAGCUAACAGUACUAAAACAUGGAAGGAGGUUUGUUUUGCAUGUGUCGAAGCUGAGGAAUUUCGUCUGGCUCAGAUCUGUGGUCUCAACAUCAUCAUCCAGGUGGAUGAUUUGGAAGAAGUGAGCGAGUAUUACCAGAACAGGGGAUGCUUUGAUGAGUUAAUAUCUCUGAUGGAGAGUGGACUGGGAUUGGAACGUGCACAUAUGGGCAUAUUUACUGAGCUAGGAGUUCUAUAUGCAAGAUACCGUCCGGAAAAGCUGAUGGAGCACAUUAAACUGUUCUCCACCCGACUUAAUAUUCCCAAGCUUAUACGAGCUUGCGAUGAACAACAACAUUGGAAGGAACUGACUUACUUAUAUAUCCAGUAUGAUGAAUUUGACAAUGCUGCAACCACUGUUAUGAACCACUCCCCAGAAGCUUGGGACCACAUGCAAUUCAAAGAUGUGAUCGUCAAAGUGGCUAGUGUUGAGCUCUACUAUAAGGCUGUACACUUCUACUUACAAGAACAUCCAGAUCUUAUUAAUGAUCUUUUGAAUGUGAUUGCCCUUCGGGUAGACCAUGCCCGAGUAGUGGACAUAAUGCGAAAGGCUGGUCACCUCCGUCUUGUGAAGCCAUACAUGGUUGCUGUUCAGAGUAACAAUGUUUCUGCUGUAAAUGAAGCUUUGAAUGAAAUAUAUAUAGAGGAGGAGGACUAUGAUAGAUUACGGGGAUCAAUUGAUUUGCAUGAUAACUUUGACCAGAUAGGUCUUGCACAAAAGAUUGAGAAACAUGAGCUUCUUGAGAUGAGACGUGUUGCUGCUUAUAUCUAUAAGAAAGCAGGAAGAUGGAAGCAGUCUAUUGCAUUGUCAAAAAAAGACAAUCUAUACAAAGAUGCUAUGGAAACCUGCUCACAGUCUGGUGAUCGUGAACUUUCAGAGGACUUGCUUGUAUAUUUCAUUGAGCAGGGAAAGAAAGAGUGCUUUGCAUCAUGCCUCUUUGUUUGUUAUGAUUUGCUCCGGCCUGAUGUUGUCCUUGAGCUUGCGUGGCUGAACAAUAUGAUCGAUUUCACCUUUCCAUAUCUCUUGCAGUUUAUUCGAGAAUAUACAAGCAAAGUGGAUGAACUUGUGAAGGACAAAAUUGAAGCUCAAAAUGAGGUGAAAGCUAAAGAGAACGAGGAUAAGGAAUUGGUUGCUCAACAUAACAUGUAUGCCCAGUUGCUUCCUGCCUUGCCUGCACCACCAGGAAUGGGUGGAGGAGGGUUUGCUCAACCCCCGCCACCAAUGCCAAUGGGAGGGAUGGGGAUGCCUCCGAUGCCUGCUUAUGGAAUGCCACCAAUGGGUUCCUACUGACCUGUGUGCAGGGCUGCUUUAAGAUCCCACAGUUGCAAAACAUAGCUAUUUCACAAAUGUUGGGAAGAAUAAGGAGCCAGGCUAAUUUCUGACUCUUUCAUGCCAGUAGGUGCUUUAUCUAGGGUUCCGAUUAUAUUUUUCUCUAUGGUACUUUGGUUCGUAGAAGCUAGUGUUAACUUUGCUAGUCCAUGCUCAGUCGAGUUAUUGAUGUUGGAGAGGAAAAUUAUGAAUGUGGUUCUGGCAAAUCUGCCUUGUGUAUAGGUCGGCUUUCAUUUUACUAGUUAGCUCAUAAAAUGCUUCUUGUUAUUUUUUGUCUAAUUCAUAAUAUAAAUAUACUUCUGAAAAUUUUGUAGUCACCAUUUUCCCAUGAUAGUUAACCUUGGUGAAAGCUUGUAUGAAAACAUUGGUACAUGAGAGUUGGAAUGGUUUACUUUCUUGAUGAAAAACUUACCGAUGAUUUGUUUGUC